AGAACAAUUUAAUAAUUAAAAAAGAAAUAGUAAAAGAAGAACAGAAGAGAGAGAAAGAGAGUGAAUAAAAAAUUCCCUCAAUAAAUCAAAAAUGAAAAUAGCUUAUUCUUCUUCCUCUUCUCCUCCGCUUCUCGCCGUUGUCUCCAGCUCUGGCUCAUCCGAUCUGAAAACAAGCGGAUCACUUGGAUCUCGGAUUCUUCCGGCUACUCAAAGCAGAUCAUCCCCAUUGGACAAUCUUCUCCGGUGCAAGACAAUGUCUUCGAAUCACCUAAGGCAUGUUGAGUCCAUGUCCCUGCUACCCUCAGGUGCCGGAAAGAUCUCUCAGCUAAACGCUGUGGUGUUAGGUGAAUCCAUUGCCUCUGAGGAGAAUGAUCUCGUCUUUCCCAGCAAGGAAUUCUCCAGCCAGGCUCUUGUUUCCUCCCCUCAACAGUACAUGGAAAUGCAUAAGAGGUCAAUGGAGGACCCUGCCGGGUUUUGGGGGGACAUUGCGUCUGAGUUUUAUUGGAAGCAGAAAUGGGGUGACCAAGUGGUUUCCGAGAAUCUUGAUGUCAGGAAAGGUCCUAUUCAAAUUGAGUGGUUCAAGGGGGGAAUCACCAACAUCUGCUACAACUGCUUAGACAGAAAUGUUGAAGCUGGUUUGGGUGAUAAAACUGCUAUGUACUGGGAAGGGAAUGAACGUGACGUAGAUGCUUCUUUAACUUAUUCUGAGUUGCUUCAACAAGUUUGCCAGCUUGCUAACUACUUGAAAGAUGUUGGAGUGAAGAAGGGAGAUGCUGUUGUAAUUUACUUACCAAUGUUAGUGGAACUUCCUAUCGCUAUGCUUGCAUGUGCUCGGAUCGGAGCUGUUCAUUCGGUUGUUUUUGCUGGAUUUUCUGCUGACUCUCUUGCCCAAAGAAUCAUUGAUUGCAAGCCAAAACUAAUACUGACUUGCAAUGCUGUUAAAAGAGGCCCUAAGACCAUUAAUCUUAAAGCUAUUGUUGAUGCUGCACUUGACAUAUCCUCUAAAGAUGGAGUCUCUGUAGACAUAUGUUUGACUUAUGACAACUCAUCAGCGACAACAAGGGAAGAUACUAAAUGGCAGAACGGAAGAGAUGUGUGGUGGCAGGAUGUUGUUCCUAAAUAUCCAACAUCGUGUGAGGUGGAGUGGGUUGAUGCGGAAGAUCCAUUAUUUUUACUCUACACCAGUGGAAGCACCGGCAAGCCAAAGGGUGUCUUACACACAACUGGAGGUUAUAUGGUCUACACUGCUACAACAUUCAAAUAUGCAUUUGACUACAAACCAACAGAUGUAUACUGGUGUACAGCAGAUUGUGGUUGGAUCACUGGCCAUAGCUAUGUUACCUAUGGACCGAUGCUCAAUGGUGCCACUGUUGUUGUCUUUGAAGGGACUCCAAACUACCCUGAUUCUGGACGCUGUUGGGAAAUUGUUGACAAAUACAAGAUUUCAAUAUUUUACACUGCUCCAACAUUGGUGAGGUCUCUCAUGCGCGAUGAUGAUAAGUUUGUGACAAAUCAUUCUCGCAAAUCGCUACGAGUACUUGGAAGUGUGGGUGAGCCCAUCAAUCCGAGUGCAUGGAGAUGGUUCUUCAAUCUAGUUGGUGAUUCAAGGUGUCCCAUUUCCGAUACAUGGUGGCAAACUGAAACUGGUGGCUUCAUGAUAACCCCGUUGCCAGGUGCUUGGCCGCAGAAGCCUGGUUCAGCUACUUUCCCUUUCUUUGGUGUUCAGCCUGUCAUAGUUGAUGAAAAAGGCAAUGAAAUCGAAGGCGAGUGUAGUGGUUAUCUUUGUGUGAAAGGAUCAUGGCCCGGGGCGUUUCGAACUUUGUUUGGGGAUCAUGAAAGAUAUGAAACCACAUACUUCAAACCUUUUGCUGGAUACUAUUUUAGUGGUGAUGGUUGCAGCAGAGACAAGGAUGGUUACUACUGGCUUACAGGAAGGGUUGAUGAUGUUAUCAACGUCAGUGGCCACCGCAUUGGAACUGCUGAAGUGGAAUCUGCUCUAGCUUCACAUCCCCAAUGUGCAGAGGCAGCUGUUGUAGGUGUAGAACAUGAGGUGAAAGGACAGGGUAUCUAUGCGUUUGUCACUCUUGUGGAGGGUGUUCCUUACAGCGAAGAGCUUCGGAAAAGCCUUAUAAUCAUGGUUCGAAACCAGAUUGGGGCGUUUGCAGCACCGGACAGAGUACAUUGGGCACCAGGGUUGCCAAAGACAAGAAGUGGAAAGAUAAUGAGGAGAAUCCUGAGAAAGAUCGCUUCAAGGCAAUUAGAAGAGCUUGGAGAUAUUAGCACACUCGCAGAUCCUAGUGUUGUUGAUCAGCUUAUUGCACUUGCCGAUGUGUGAAGUUAUCUCAUUUUUCUCUCUCCAUGAAUGUAACCAUUUAAACAUGUGCAUGAGAGUUUUGGCAUCUAUGUUUAUUACAGAGGGAGGAGUGUUUUGAAAAAAAGAACAAAAACUGAAACAAGAUUGUGCUUCUUGUGAAGAAUAAAGCGAGCAGACAAUUUGGUAACAUUCGUUGAGAGGACUCCAUGAAUAAAUGAUUUUUUGGUGUGUUGAA